CAUUAUCCCUUAUCGUUACGGUCAAUAUUAUCGACCCUGAGGACGGUGCAAGGCAGCACAACGCGGUCAAUUCGGCCGAUAGUUCCUAUGGAAACGCACGUCCGUCGCGAUCGAAUCGCGACACUCGUCACGGGCAUCUCCUUCAGCGCUUUACGGGCGUAUGUCCCGCGCGUCGUGCCAGGUGAACCCGGGGCACGGUCUCGUGACGGCCAACCCGCUCGCCGCAGUCUCGCCAAUAUUGACACGACGAGCGCUCGCGGGUGCCACGAAAGUCUCUUGCGAACGGAGUACGCAAAGUAGCGGAGGCGAAGGCGCUCGCAAUUCUCGUCUUCGUUGCUCGCACUUCCGUCUUCUCCUGCGGAAUUCACAAGCGCACAAGCAUAUCCCGAGGUCGGCAAUGAUCUUGCGCUAAAGUCGAAGGGAAAAGGAAAGAGUGCCGGUGAAGUAUCGUGGCCGGAAAUGCGCGGACGAUUUCGUAAGGAUGUUCGUUCGACGGAGCGUCACUGACGGGGAUUUUCGCUGACGGUCGUUGAUGCCCGGAUAGGUAGGCGGAAUGAAGCUGUACGGGUAAGGGGUAGUUAGUUUAGGGUUGCUCUUUCGAUCGCUCGUCGAGAUAAAAAAAGAAAAGACACUCGCUAUCGCGCGUAUUCUUUGCACUUUCGCGCGCGAGGAUGACCGGAAGGACGUCGCUGAUCGAACAGAAGAGGAUCCAGUGGGCACAGGAAAGGGAAGAAAUGGCGCGUCUCGGUGUCAAUUGGGGAGCUCUGAAAGCGAGCAAUUGCGGUCGCACCCACAUUCGCACUUUUUCGAACGAUGCGAGAUUGUCUCUCGGGGAGGCGAAGGAUAAGACCUCCGUGCAGCCGUUCCGUGCGGCCGGACAUUACGGGAGCACCGCCAGCCUCAAGAGCCUGGCCACGGAAAGUUCCGGAAACGGCAAUGUGAACCUCAAGUGCCUCGACUACAACGGCGGCAGUCUGAUUAAUCUCCGGGACCAGGUGGAUGUGUCGCAAGUCAGACGCAGGAGCCCUAGCCUGCCGCCGAUCUUCAGCAAGGAGCAACAACGAUACUUCUGCCAGCUAGAACAACAGCGAGUUUUCGGCGUAGAGGGCUCGCGUUACCAGCAAGCCAAGUCGCAGAAACCGGAACACCAUCGCCACCGGCCCAGCGACCGUCGCGACGGCCAGAAGGAGCUCGUCAGCCAUUACGGCUCGCCGGCUGAAGAACGCGAGGGCGAGACUUCCGGUUACGCGAGCGACUCCGUGGAUGUACCCCCGCAGGGGCAGAGAGCCUUAGUCGGCGGUAAAGUGGCCAGGAUGGAGAUGGCGGAGAAGACGUGGCAGAAUCCUUACUGCACCACGCCGGAGAGUUCACUGCCACCCUCGAGGAGGCUUUCGCCCGGCAGAAUGGGAGAGCUCAACAGGCCGCGGUGGGGCAGCGUCUGGGGUCAAGAAGCGGCGAGAGGCGAUCCACCGCCGCCACCCUCGUGGUUAUCAAGAUUAGGACAAUCGAGCCAAGUUUUGGUGAUCAAUCACGAUAGCGCCAGCAGUCCGGACAGUUCAACGACCGGAUCGACCGGCUCCGACAAUAACAAGACGUAUCUCCGCGGUCAGAAUAUCCCGGUAGACGCGGACAUUCUUCAGGAACGCGAGGCAAGGCGACAGAAAGCGCUGGAGCUGCAGAACGCGAUCAAGCAGCAGCUCGAGGAGAAGGACAGGCAGAGGAAAGAGGAGAAAGAGCGACGGAUGAGAGAGGAGAGAUUGGAGGAAGAGCGAAUCAGGCGAGAACGGGAAAAGGAAAAGGAGAGAUUCGAGGAAGAACAGCGGCUGAUGCGCGAGAAGGAAGUCGCGAAGCUGAAGAAGGCUCAAGCGAUGUGCGAAGUGCUGGAGGCCGCGGAACGUUUGGCCCGGGAGAAGAAGAAGAAUUGCCGAAGACGGAAAGACCACAUAGAUGAGGACACGGACGCGACGCAGGCGUCGUCCUCCGUCGACUCGAACGCGACCGUGAACGCAGAGAAACGUGAGCAGGAUUGUCCGCAGACUCAGACGCGAGUCGCAAAUUCGAUCGCCGGCUACCUCGAGGACGAAAAGUCGUCCAACAGUCUGAAAGACAUGAAGGAGACGGAGAAUCAUUCUCGCGAGAAUGAGAACAACAGAGACGACAUGAGGCAGCCAAAGCUAAAUGAUGGGCACGUAAGCAAGCCGGAAGAGAUCGCGCUGGACCUGCGAGGAUCUCUUCAGGUGCCCGUGAGCAAGGACGUGGCGAUCGUGUUGAGCGGUAGACUCGACGAUCCGGAGAUCUUGAGCAGAGCGAACCUGCAGCUGGUGAACCUGGUGAUGAGUCCGAGUCCGCACCGUUUCGACAACGCUGCCAAGGGCCUCUCGUUGGGGUUGAACGCCAUCAUGAGAAACAACGUAGCCACGACGACGUUGAGCCCGAAGAAUCCGAGGCGUUGCCCUUCCCGAUCAGAGUCCGCGUCGAUCGUCGUGGAGAACAGGUUGUUGACGCCGAGCAAGUACCGCGUCCAGGCCGGACGAGACUUUGGCACGCAGACGGACGCAGAGUCCGACGUGCAAGAGCUGCGCGAUAAGCUGCAGGACUCGUCGAUCAGAGAGCACGGCGACAUCACCAAGGACAGGAAGGACACGACCAACGCCAGCCGAAGAAACGUUGAAAAGUCGAUCAACGUGGGACCGGGCGAGGAAGUCGGCAUGAAGGCAAUUCCACGGUCCAAGUCUCAGCCGAGAACCACGCUCGACGCUAGACCACGAUGGAACGCCAAUCGCCCAGGUACGCGAUAUCGCACGCAAAGCGAGAAGGAUCCGCACUAUCAGAGACGAUUGCGGCUCAGAAGACGACGAGUAGAGUCGAGCGACGAAGGAUCCAGGUCGCCAUCCCUGGAUCGGCGGAAAUCCAACACCUGCAAGUCCAAGAGUCGAAAUGCGCUUAGACGCAAAGCCAAACUCGAGAGCUACGACGCCGAUCUGUCGAUGGAUAGCCUCAACUCUGUCGUGCCGCUGCGGAUCGACAAGAACGGCAGGAUCAACAUCGAAGAUUGUCGUCGGCUAGAUCGCGCCGAGAAAGCGCGGCCGACGGACAACGAACGACGCGGCGAAGCGAAACGGUCGGAUAACGAUAAUUCCAAUGUCUGGUGCGGCCAGGAAAUCUUGUCCAAACUGUCGUCGUUGAAGAGCGGACUGCUGAUGAAGCAGCUCGAGUGGGACUCUGAGCGAUGUCUGGUCUCGCCCGCUGCGUCUGAAAUCUUUUGAGUGCCGGGAGAAUAAGAAACGUUGCUGUCUUUUAGUUUUUCUGUUUGUUUGCGUGGAAAGUGAAAUCGAGUUAGAAUGUGCGAUGGGGGCUUUUUACCGUGAAACACCGUUUACUCGUUCCACGAGGAUCCUGCGGGGAGCCAGUUGAACAACUCAAACGCCCUUUUCUCUCUCUCGCGUUGCAGAUCUAGAUAAUGGCCUUCCAACUGGACGAUCUGCUGAAGGACGACAAGAAAGACGCGAACCUAAUACCCGACUUGAGCAAGGCGACCUGUAACUCUUACGAGGAAUACCGGCGACUCAAGGAGCACUGUCCAGAGUUCAAGAUCAAACCGGAAAAGGU